AUGAAACCCACAAGCACCCAACUUGCACGGAAAAGAGAAAGAAACCGUGAGAGUCAGCGAAGGUCGCGCCAGAGGGUCAAAGACCAGAUUGAUGCUCUUGAACGACAGAACACAGAGCUUGAGCUAGACAAUAGAUCGCUGCAGAGGCGGCUACUACAUGCAUUAACAGUUAUAGAAGUGUUCGAGAAGGGUGCGUGUCUGCACCAAAACUCUUUCUUUAAGUAG